CCGGCCGAGCCGCGGCUGCGGCGGCUGCGCACGGCGGGGCCGCCAUGAGCGAGGAGAGGCUGCGCAGGGUGCGCGAUCGCGUCCGCUCCUUCCCCGACUUCCCGGAGCCCGGCGUGCUGUUCCGCGAUAUCAGCCCCUUGCUGAAGGAUCCCGUGGCCUUCGGGGCUCUGAUUGAUCUUCUGGAGGAUCAUGUGAGGGCAUCUUUCCCUCAAAUCGACUUCAUUGCGGGCCUGGACUCCCGCGGGUUCCUCAUCGGGCCGCCGCUGGCACAGCGCUUGGGCAUCGGCUUCGUGCCCGUGCGGAAAAAGGGGAAACUGCCCGGUCCCACCGAGUCCGUCACCUACAACCUGGAGUACGGCAAGGCUGAGCUGGAAAUCCAGAGCGAUGCCGUGGAGCCUGGGCAGAAGGUGGUGAUCGUGGAUGACUUGCUGGCGACUGGAGGUACCAUGCGCGCUGCCUGCGAGCUGCUCCGGAGGCUGGAGGCUGAAAUCCUGGAGUGCCUGGUGGUGAUAGAGUUAAAAGCCCUGAAAGGGUCGGAAAAGCUCAGUUCCAUCCCUUUCCACGCCCUGCUGCAGUAUGACUGAGGAGGAGCGGGGAGAGGGCAGCGCUGGGAACAAAUCUGGGGUUUUGUUUGGUGCCUCUGGACGUCACGAGGGGGUGGGCAGGGGGGUUAGACACAGCUUUUGAGCAUGGCCAGGUGCUCUUCAAUCCUGCAUUUCCCAGGCACUGUGCUGAGUGCAGUGACCCCUUUUGGAGUUCAUCCUUCUGGGAAGAAGGAACGGGCUGAUGGACCGGGGUGGGGGUGGAGACCACCGCAGCUUCACUGAAUCUGUGCUUUUUAGGAGACCAAAGUGACAAGAUUGCUGCUGAGGCAGGAGAGCCCUGACCAGGGCACCAGCAUUCCCUGAGCUGGGCCCGUCAGCCUCCAAGGAACCUGCUAGAAAAUUCCCAAAGAAACACAGGGGGUGGGCAAAAAGCAGUUAUCUCUGUAAGGGACAAAUCCUGCUGUGUUUGACCACCUCGGGGGAUGGCCUGGCUGCUCUGUGCUGUCACACACGCCAGAACAAGCUGCUCUCACACCAGGGCCGUGCCUGUCGAGGAGAAAGAAGCUCCUGCUGCGUCCUUAGGUCGGGGUGAUGCUGCUGGGGGUGGGCUCAGUCAGCGUUUCCCUUCCCUGGGGGCCACAGGCACCUUCUGUGCAGCAGGAACUCCCCACGUGCCCCUCCCUGGGCUGCCCUGGGCGGGGGUUUGGUGUCAGGUGAGGCCGGGGGAGAGGUGCAGAGCUGGUCUCAGGUGUGUGAUGGACCCUGGGCGUUCGGAGAUGCUCCCUCCAGCACGGUUCCGUUGGGUCACGGCUAAACCCCCACGUGCCAAAACUUCCCAAAGCCUGAAAACAUCGGGGACUGUGUCCCUGGCCCAGCAGGGACUGGACUCACGGGUAAAAUAAACAGUGACGUGUU